CGCGGGUUAGGUCGAAAUUUGAAUUGAGAGGUAGUGGAAAAGAUAUAUCAAGCGUAGUAUUUCAAUCCGAAAGAAUCCAUCAGAGAUUUUAUAGAUAUUUACUUCAUUUUCCAAGGAAUUGCUUCUAAAAAUGUCGAUAGGUAUUCCCAUCAAGAUUUUGCAUGAAGCUGAAGGACAUAUUAUUACUUUGGAGACAUUAACGGGAGAGGUUUAUCGAGGUAAACUAAUCGAGGCUGAAGAUAAUAUGAACAUUCAAAUGUCAGAAAUAACGUUGACUGCGCGAGAUGGACGUGUGUCUCAACUGCAAAACGUGUUUAUCCGUGGAAGUAAAGUCCGUUUUAUAAUACUACCAGACAUGUUGAAAAAUGCACCUAUGUUUAAGAAGCAAAGGGAUAAAGGCUCAGCUGCUGGACGAGGAAAGUCGGCUAUUUUAAGAGCACAAGCUGCAGCUAGAGGCCGUGGUGACCAUUUCAGAGGCCGAGGAAGGGCUGGGCAUAGAGGUGGCGGAAGAGGAUUUCAGCAUAGAAGAUAAAAGAUAAAUAUAAUCUCAACUAAACAUACAUCUUUCUCAAGACAUUUGACAAUGUAUUAAAAUUAUCAGUGUAAAUAUAUGUUUUUCCAAAAGCUCAGUAAAAGUCUUUCUUUAUUUGUAAAGACAUAUAUGACCUGCUGCUUUAGUGUGUGUGUGUGUAUUUUGUAUUGGUUCUUUGAAUGACAGUUAAAUGGAGCCAUUUUAUGUUGUAUAAUGCAGGCCUUAUAUUUUUUUAAAAUAUUAAUUAAAGCAACAGAGAUUCCUCAA